GAAAAACUUGAGAAGGCUUCAAUGUGUUCGUCUAAGUUCAUGAAUUUGAGCAACGUAGAGAGUGAUUUGAGGAAAGCCAUAGAAACGAAGUCGCUGGAUAACGUAUUUCAAAGAUACUGCAAGAUUUGGACCCCGUUUAUGAAUUGUUUAAACGAAACUAUAUUAGUCCUCAAAGAGUGUCUUGAUGAAGAUGAGAAAUAUCAGGUAGACGUUGCUUUGGACAUCUUCGACUACAUGCAGGUCACUUUGUGUUCUCAUGGAGCGAUAAAAUUCAGACAAUUCUAUAAGGAAGGUGGAUUGGACUGCGUUCAAGAAGAAUGGGAAAACAUCAAAAAAUGCAUUGAUGAACAAAAAUCUAUUCCAAAGAUGUUGCGUCAAGGAAAUUGCCAAGAUUUCGGAGAAAUUCGUGUUUGUAUCAGCGAGAAACUGAAAUUUUCCAAUAAUUCUGGCCCAACUGAAGCAAUCAAUGAUAUGAUGCAACUUUUGGAUGAAAAGUUCUGCAACAACGCUUCGGUUAGUACUCCAGCCCCUGCUACAGGACAUCAAAGUUUAGUUACACCUGUUCUGCUUAUUGCAGUAUUUUAUUUAACUUUAUUGAUUACUUACUUCUAAGAGAGCAUCUGAUGGUAUAACAUUUAUAUGAAUAAAUAAUAUGUAACUAUAA